AUGUCUACUCUACUUAAAAACGCCGCCGCCAAUGCUGCCGCCCUUCCUUCUGGCGGCGCUGUGCCCUCCGAAAACCCCGCGGAUCCUUCCGCAUCGAAUUCGGCGAGCGAGCCUAGCGAACCCGCUGCCACUCCGAGUCCCUCUCCUAGCGAAUCUACCCCCGCGCCUUCGGACUCUUCUAGCACAUCCACUACCGAACCACCACCAACUUCCACCCCGAGCUCCUCAAGUACUACCACUAGCAGCACACCCCCGCCUGAGUCUAGCACAUCGACCCCCCCGCCUACGAGCACUUCGUCCACAUCUUCUACCACAACCCCGCCGAGCACUACUUCUGCCCCCGAGACGUCAGUGGGCUCCUCGACCUCCACUGGCAGCCAGGGCACUACUGUUGUUUACGUGACAUCCACCCAAGAGCCGCCCCCUAACACCGGCACCUCGGCUCUCGCGUCUACCAGCGCAACCGAUGCGGCCGGACUCGCAACCUCCACCGCAGCCGCAGCAUCCGGCGGACUCACUCCUGGCGGCACCAUCGCGGUCGCAGUCGUUGUUCCCGUUGCUUCACGCAAGGCGAAGAAGGCAGCCGAGGAAGAGCGCCGCAAGGAAGUGGAGGAGUAUGGAUUCAACCCAAACAACGACCCAACCCUGCCCGGCAUGGCAGGCGUUGUAGCUGCUCCCAAGGACGAUUCUUCCGGCUACCGCGGUUGGGGAACCACCUCCGCCGGGCGCAAGGCGUCCACCAAUCUCUCCAGCGGAUUUGGUGGUCUUGCCAUGUCGGAAGGAAGCGGCCCUGGCUAUCACCACGCCGCAACACCUAGUGACGGCACUGUGCAAUACUCCGAUGGCGCUCGUCCUGACUCUGGCGAGGUUGUCGAGCCCAUCGGUGUGCUGGGCGCUGCCCCGGUGGCUGCGAACAACCGCAAUGGCGACAUCCACCGCGGUCCGUCCAACGCAUCCUCCGCUUACUCGGCCGCCAACCGCUCCGAGGCCUCGGAGGAAAGCCACAUGUCCGCCCACCACCCGUCGGGUGGUUACUACAGUGAGAAUCCGUACUACGGCGACAUGGCCACACAUGGGGCGUACGGCGGUGAUGAAUACCAGCCUGUGAUUCGCGAUGUGCAGGCGCGCCGUAAUACCCGCAUUGAGAACCCCGGUGUCUACCCACGACAAGGGAAUGCCGGUAUCGCCCAGAACUUCUGA